GUUACGUCUCUGGGUUGAGAAACUGGUUGUGGGGGAAAAGGAAGUUCCGCGCAGGCGCACAUCAUUCUUCGGAAUAAAGAAUACGCCAGAAUUGUGUAGUCAAGACGACAACUUGUGUACGUUUCAAAUAUAUUACUACUGGACGACUAGAAUUAAGUCUGAGGCCGGUAACAUCAACAGUGACAACAAACCCAGCCUGUCUCUCUCCUUCCACACUGAGUCCAAACCUACAGUCACUGGGUCCUGAUUGUGACAGUGGAGCCCAGUUUGCACUGCAGGAUCCAGAGAUGGCAUCGGUGAAGCUGGAGGACUGCAGUCAAACACUGGAGCUGAAUGUCAACAUUAAAGAUGAAGAAGAGGAGGAGAAGAUUGGGACAUCUGUUAGUCAUGGAGACCAUGUUGAGACAUUCUCUACAUCCAGAGAGCAACAGCAGGAAGAUCACAGAGCUAAAAGGUCUCACCACUGCCCACAUUGUGAAGAGAUUUUCCCAAUUCUAUCAAAGCUAAAAAUUCACCAAAAAAUACACACAGGACAGAAUCCGUAUUCCUGUACUGACUGUGGGAAGAGAUUCACAACAUCAGGGAAUCUGACGGUUCAUCAGAGACUGCACACUGGAGAGAAGCCUUACUCCUGCUCUGACUGUGGGGCGAGUUUCUCUCGACUGGGCCACUUAAAAACACAUGGACAUAUACAUACAGGAGUGAAGCCUUACUCCUGCUCUGACUGUGUAAAAUGCUUCACAACAUCAGCUGAGCUAAAAGUUCAUCAGAGAACACACACAGGAGAGAAGCCUUUCUUCUGCUCUGACUGUGGAAAGAGUUUCUCUCAACUUUCCCACUUAAAAACACAUGAACGUAUACAUACAGGAGAGAAGCCUUACACCUGCUCUGACUGUGUAAAAUGCUUCACAACAUCAGCUGAGCUAAAAGUUCACCAGAGAACACACACAGGAGAGAAGCCUUUCUUCUGCUCUGACUGUGGAAAGAGUUACUCUGUACUGUGCAACUUAAAAACACAUGAACGUAUACAUACAGGAGUGAAGCCUUACUCCUGCUCUGACUGUGGAAAGAGUUUCUCUCGACUGGACAUGUUAAAAACACAUGAAAGUAUACAUACAGGAGUGAAGCCUUACUCCUGCUCUGACUGUGGAAAGAGUUUCUCUCGACUGGACAUGUUAAAAACACAUGAAAGUAUACAUACAGGAGUGAAACCUUACUCCUGCUCUGACUGUGGAAAGAGUUUCCCUCUACUGAGAACCUUAAAAACACAUGAACAUAUACAUACGGUAGUGAAGCCUUAUUCCUGCUCUAAUUGUGGAAAGAGUUUUUCUCAACUGGGCCACUUAAAAACACAUGAACGUAUACAUACAGGGGAGAAGCCCUACUCCUGUUGUGACUGUGUAAAAUGCUUCAAAACAUCAGCUGAGCUAAAAGUUCAUCAGAGAACACACACAUCAGAGAAGCCUUGCUCCUGCUCUGACUGUGGGAAGAGUUUUUCUCGACUGGACCUCUUAAAAACACAUGAACGUAGACAUACAGGAGUGAAGCCUUACUUCUGCUCUGACUGUGUCAAACGUUUCACGACAUCAGCUGAGCUAAAAGUUCAUCAGAGAACACACACAGGAGAGAAGCCUUACUCCUGCUUUGACUGUGGAAAGAUUUUCUCUCAACUGGGCCACUUAAAAACACAUGAACGUAUACAUACAGAAGAGAAGCCUUACUCCUGCUCUGACUGUUGAAAGAGUUUCUCUUGAAUGUGUCAGUUAAAAAGACACCAAGGUAAACAAAAGAGAGAAGCCUUAGCACUGAUCUGACUGUAGAAAAUUGUUUAAAACAACAGCUGACCUAAAAGGUCAUCAGAGAACAGACACAGGAGAGAAGCCUUAAUUCUGCUCUUAAUGUAGCAAGAGUAACUCAAGUGAAAGUCACCAAGUAAAAUACUACUUGAGUUAAAGUCUAAGUAUUUGGACUUAAGUAUCAAAAGUAAAAGAAAUAAUCAUUUCAAAUUCCUUAAAUUAUCCUCUCCGUCAGGGGUGGGCAUUUCCAGUCCUCGAGGGCCUGAUUGGUGUCACAGUUUUGCCCCAGCCCCAGCUAACACACCUGACUCCAAUUAUCACCUAAACAUGAUCUUCAGUUUAGAAUGUAAUUUGAUUAAUCUGUUGUGUUUGGUGUCACACUUUUCUCCAUCCCUAGCAAUCAGGCCCGAGGACUGGAGUUGCCCACCCCUGCACAAUGGGAUGGGUGUCCCUAAACCGGGGCGGUUGUUGCUAACGUGCGCUAAUGUGACUAGAAUGACGUUGUAAACAACAGAUGACUUUCUGGGACAUAGACAUUUCUUUAUAUCGACAUAAAGCUUAAAUUCUUGUUAAUCUAACUGCAGUGUUCAAUUAACAGUAGCUAUGAAAGUGAAAAAAUAUCAUGCUAUUGUUUGAGGAGAGUGCACAACAACAAAAAAGAUCUAAACAUCAUUGCCAAUCAGAUGCGUCCCUUCAUGGCAGCACUGUAUGCAUCUGCAAAUAGACUUUUUCAGCAGGAUUAUGCCUUGUGCCACCCAGCUUGUUCAGUAAUGGUUCCAAGAACAUUACAGUGAAUUCAGCUGAAUUAAUGGUUCCAAUAACAUUACACUGAAUUCACUGUAAUUGUGCAUCUGUGGGAGGAGAAGGAACGGGCUAUUCAGAGUAGAUCCACUCCCAGCCAACUUGACACAAUAAAGCAUUGGAGUCAACAUGGACCAGCAUCCCUGUGGCACGCUCUCAACACCUUGGACAGUCUAUGUCCUGAUGCAUUGAGGCUGUUCUGAGGACAAACUUGUGUUUAAUAAAUUGUAUUUUAAUACUAGAUUUAUUAUUUUAGUCAUUGAUGAUGAAUGUAUUUGAAUAACUGUUUUGAAGUUAAUUGAUCUGGCAGGUAGCCUAGCGGUUAAGAGUGUUGGGCCAGUAACUGAAAAGUUGAUGGUUUGAAUCCCGAGCUGACUAAGUGAAAAAUCUGUCAUUGUGCCCUUGAGCAAGGCAAUUAACCCUUAUUUGUCCUAUAAGUUGUUCUGGAUAAGAGCAUCCGCUAACUGACAAGAAUGUAAUGAAAAAUAAUGUUUGUACAUACAUGUUUUUCUCUCUUGUGUAUAAUUCAAUGAAAUAAACUGUUUGAAGUUAAAUACUGUAUAUACACUGUAUAUACAAUACACAACAUUACAGCUUUGCCUACCCUGGCCAGAGGGACAGGGCCAUAGUAAGUUAGUAGCCUACAGUUUCCAGGCAAUACAGCAUGUCAGAUCGCUAAUGAUUAGGUGUACAGGCUGCUACAUUUUUGCCUGUGUCUGUCGGGAGUGAUGUGUUAUCACUAUUAUUACUAACUACUAUUAUGUUGUUUUUGGUUUGCUAGUUGCACCAGUAUCAUGGUAUUUUCCUGCAAUGGUUGUGACCAAAAAACAAUAUGUUUUCCAUUGUACUGAGCCCAGGAACAUAGAAGAAACUGCCAGAUGUGUCAUAAUAGCCUGGAAGUAAAGCUGCACUGGGAGACACAUUUGAAAUGGAAUACAUUGAAUACAUUCAGCAGGGUGGAACAAUCACAGUAAAACAUGAUUUAAAUGUAUUGUUGGAAGGGCUGUGGUCACCAUUCAUGUAAUACAUUAAAUAUAUACAUCAGAUGGUA